CCAACAGUUUCAGUUCGUGCGCACGGGCCAAACAGUCGACACAGUUUUGUGGCAUUCUCUAUUAAGCUGAGAUCUGAGUCGGAGUAUUGAAAGCAAGCAUCGCGCAGUUUGCAGCCGUCGGUUGUCGUUGUUGUCGUGGUCGGAAUUGUUGUAGCUGUCGACAUUGUUUUUGUUGCCGUCGCAGUUGUCGCGGUCGUGUGUGUGUGUGUGUGCCUGGAAUCGCUCAAGCGGGAGUUUGGCUGUUACAGAGGCUUCUCUGCUCUUCUCUCAGCCUCCAGCAUACGUCUCACCUAAGCUCUCGCUUAAACAUCAACAGGACCUCGACGCCUUUCCUAUUUAAAUAUUCAAUAAGCUCGCUUGCAACGCGUGCUUAACACUUAACAGCCCGAGUUUGAAAAAAACAGCCGCAAAAUUUCGAAAACAUCGAAAAUGGUCUUUGACUGUGGUGUCUGGUGUGCAAAGUAUUUGCUUUGCAUACUGAAUUUCAUAUUUUUUGUGCUAGGCACAAUUAUAUUCGGAGUCGGACUAUGGCUGGCCAUCGACAAGCACUCGCUGAUUGCUCUGCUCAAGCUUGUCGAGAGCGAGCGCAUUGAGCAUUUUACACAGCCUCAGGUCAUAGAGCAAAUGGCCUACGCUCUGCUCGUCAUCGGAGCCGUCAUGUUCUUCAUGAGCCUCUUGGGCUAUUUGGGCGCCAUGCGUGAAUCACGCUGCCUGCUGUCAACGUACGGCACCUUCCUCAUACUGCUGCUGGUGGCGGAGCUCGUGGCCGGCGGCCUGGCUGUCUUUUAUAAGGAAAAGGUGCGCAGCGAGAGCAAAAAGUUCCUCCAGACGACAAUCACCAGCUAUACGCUGGGCGAGAACAUGGAUGCCACGUCGCUGAUGUGGAACCAGCUGAUGGGCAACUUUGGCUGUUGCGGCAUCAAUGACUAUCAUGACUUUGACGAGUCGGAAGCGUGGAAGAACACAAAGGGCAAUCGCACCAUACCGGAGGCCUGCUGCGUCCUCAAGGAUAUGGCGCAAAUGGUGCCGCGCGACGAGGACUGCACGACCAAUCCCAGCGAUGCCAACAGCUACUACAAAAACGGCUGCUACGGGGUCUUCACCGAGUGGUUGAUACGGCAGCGCGAGCUCAUCAUUGGCGUCAUUGUGGCCGGCAUUGUGCACCUUAUCCUGGUCAUACUCGCCUUUGCGCUGUGCAAAGCAUUUGCCAAAUACGACGAUAUGCGUCUGUAAAGAGGUUUUCUUUUCAUAUAGAGUAGCCAAAAAAAAAAAAAAAAAAAAACAGGAAAGCUUAUUGUGGGUAAAACAACAAAACAGUGAAUGGCAAACGCAAAUAGCUAAGAAAUACAAAUUAAAGAAAACAACAAAAAUAACCCCAACGAACAUUGAGAUACGCUCAAAUUUCAAAUGCAUUUUCCCCCAAACUCACACACACACACACACACACUUCUACUCUACGCAAAUAUAAAUAAAAGGAAACCCGAAAUGAAAGUUUAACAAAUAUUUAAAACAAAUGUUGCUCAAAAAUUGCCACCAGACACGAGAAGAGUGGACGAUGUUUUUAUGAGAAAGAAAAUAUGAAGAAAAAAAAAUGCUACGCAUAUUUAUUUGUGAAUGAAGAAAAUCUGUUUUGAUAGCAGUUUUAGUUCUUAAGUAGUAUUCUACUAUAUACAUACACACCCACAUGCAUAUUUGUAUUAAUUAUAGAGUUUUUUAGUCGUAUUUCAUUAAAAAUUUUGCAAAAGUGACUCUUUGCAGCAAAAAACCACUCAAAUACAUCACAAGAACGUAUAAUAAAGAAAAUAAAAAAUAAAAAAAUAAAAGAAGAAAAGAUUUUGAAGUCAAAAUAUAUAUAAUAAAUUUGAAAUAAUUAAACACAUCUAAAUGAAAUCGGCAAAUGC